GUUGUGGAGGUUAUAAAGUUACUAAAACUUCCGUGCAGUAAAUUCCUUCGUUAAGUUUUCUAAUAUCAUAUAUGCUGAUUAAGUAGCCUGUAUUGUGGUGCACAGAUGUCAAAAUUUGCUUAUCAAUAGUCUGUUUAAUGAGUGGGAUACUCAGUUGCCGCAUGAUACGUUCGCGCCAUUUGCCAUGGCUGUGGUCUGCUUGACGCCACUCACAACUUCAGUUAAGGUGUGAAUCGUUGCCAGGGAACUGCAGUAAAUUCUCGCAGACUCGAUUUAUUGUUUGCGAGAAGGAAAGAACAUGGAUAUGGUGGAAACAACCGAAGAAAACGACUUAGAUCUUUUCGGCGAAGGCUUUAGCGGAAGUCGAUCGAGCCCUUUAGAAGAAUCUAGUCCGUCUGAAAACCGGGAUCAAGUAUGCAGUAUUUGCAGUAUGAAGUUCACGAAUCCCCGUGUUCUGUCAUGCCUGCACGUCUUCUGUGAAUUGUGUAUCGAUAAGUUACUUAUUGAUGAGUCUGGAGAUUCUGGAAAACGGGACAGUAUUGUUACAUGUCCGAAGUGCAAGCAGGAAACAAAAAUAGCAGGAUCAAAGGGAGCUUCCUCUCUUCCAUGUGACUAUGUCCUUACAAAUAUAUUGGACAUGUCCGCUAUUGAAAGCACUGCCGUAUUAUGCACGAGCUGUAAAGCAAAAGAAAAAGCUGUAGCUCGUUGCUCAGAUUGUGCCCACUUCCUUUGCCCUAACUGCAACACAGCACAUCAGUUUAUGCGCUGCUUUGAAAAUCAUCAGGUAGUACCAUUUGAGGAUUUACGAAGCUCAAGAGAAGUUGUCCCCAUACACAAACCAAUAUUUUGUGACACUCAUCCAGCUGAAAGUCUGAAGUUCUAUUGUUUUAAGUGUCAGAUGCCUAUAUGUAACAAUUGCAUGGUGAGUGACCACAAAGCACCAGAACAUCAUUAUGAGUGCCUAGCAGAUGCAGAGGAACAGCAGAAGGACGAAUUAAAAAGUCUCAUGGCAGAGAGCAAGUCAAAAAUAGAGUUCUGUGAAAGUGCUUCAAACCAUUUAGAAAGUGCUUUAGGUGAACUGCAGAUACAGCAUGAUAAUGCCAAAGAUCUGAUUCAUGAAACAUUUCAUAGUUAUAAGGCUGUGCUUGAGAAGUGCAGGGACAAAGCUUUAGAAGAUUUGACUAAGAUACAUAAAUCAAAAGAGUUGAAAAUAAUGGAUACAUAUAACAGCAUUGAAAAGACAAUGGAAAAAAUAAAUGAUGCUUGCAAAUUUACUUCUCGGCUCUUGGAGCAUGGAAAUAUUGUAGAAAUUCUGUCGCUAAAGAAGCUUGUUGGAGCUCAGUUGCUUUAUUUAAUCAAUAACACGCCAAAACCAGAUGUAACCACCACAAUUGAGUUCAACACAGAUAUUAAUAAAUUUGAAGAUGCUAUCAAGGCUACUUUUGGAACAUUUACUACAGAGGUUGUAUCCACAUCAAAGGAACUAUCGCCGCCAGCGACCUUGCCAGCACCAGUGCCAUUGACUCUAAAUAAUGUGAUGGCAGCAGCAGGAAUGGGCUUGGUGACUGGUUGCCCAACAACAGUUACCACUACAAGUAGCCCUGUUUCAAUUCAUUCAUCAUUUGAUGGUGAAUUGGCAACUAACUUCACAAUGGCCACAAAUGUUCUCAACCAAGAUGUUGCCCCAGUUGUGCCUCCAAGUACAUUACAUGGAUUUACAAGUAUUCAGGAAUACAAUCUGCAACAGUUAGCAAGCCUUGCAGAGAAAGAGGUUGCAGUCGGUGCCUCUGCAGUAAAUGUAACUAGUACUCAUCCGCCUGCUAGCUCAAAUCCGAGCCCUACUCCAUCAUUCACAUUAGCAGAUCUGUUCUCUGGUGAUUUCAGUUCAACAAACAAUGCAAUCAAUAAUCUUCAAGCGCUUGCAAAAUUGGGGAGUGUCACACUCAACAACCAAGGGCAGAUAGUGGUUACAGGAGACCCUGCAGUAAGCCUGGUGGAUCCACUAACCACAGCAACAGCUGCAGCCGCUGCAGCAACUCACAGCUCUACCCCUACACCACCACCAGCAACUCUCGGAGCUCUGCUUAAUGAUCUGACAAAUGGAUCCCUUAACACAGGUCCUCCAGUUAGUUCUUCUUUGGUUUUGGGACGUGGAGCUUCACCAAGUCUAGAAAUAAACACUACUAUUGCGUCAGUAAAUGGUGGACCUUAUCAGUCACUUUCAGGAUCGCCAUCUCCUAUUUUAUCUCAACCUGAUGAAAUAGUUAAUGACCCAAUUCAUAACAUGCCUUUGCUGGUUGGAACGGGCACAGCUCCUCCACCACCACCACCCCCGAAUAAUUUUCACCAUCCACGUGCAACUCCGGGAAAACUGCCUGCCAUGCACAUCAGACUGAAGUAUGGACAGUUGGGACCUGGAAAGGGGCAGUUCAACUCUCCUCAUGGCUUUUGUUUAGGCACAGAAGAGGAUAUAAUAGUGGCAGACACAAACAAUCACCGUAUACAGGUGUUUGAAAAAACUGGAACAUUCAAAUUUCAGUUUGGUAUACCAGGAAGAGAGGAGGGCCAACUGUGGUAUCCACGUAAAGUGGCUGUAAUGAGAAAUAGUGGAAAAUUUGUGGUUUGUGAUCGAGGCAAUGAAAGGUCUCGAAUGCAAAUUUUUACAAAAAGUGGCCAUUUUGUGAAGAAAAUAGCAAUCAGGUACAUAGAUAUUGUUGCUGGACUGGCAGUUACAUCACAGAGUCAUAUUGUUGCAGUGGAUAGUGUGUCCCCAACUGUCUUUGUUAUAUCAGAAGGUGGUGAACUCAUUCAUUGGUUUGACUGCAGUGAAUAUAUGAGAGAACCAUCAGAUAUUGCAAUCAGUGGUAAAGAGUACUUUGUAUGUGAUUUUAAAGGACAUUGUGUUGUGGUAUUCAAUGAAGAAGGCCAGUUUUUGCGUCGCAUUGGAUAUGAAAACAUUACAAAUUUUCCCAAUGGAAUAGACAUAUCAGAUGCCGGUGAUGUUUUAGUUGGUGAUUCCCAUGGAAAUCGCUUUCAUGUGGCUGUGUUCUCAAGAGAUGGUGUUUUGCUAUCAGAAUUUGAAUGCCCCCAUGUCAAGGUGUCUCGUUGCUGUGGCCUAAAGAUCACGUCAGAGGGUUAUGUGGUCACUCUAGCUAAGAACAAUCACCAUGUGUUGGUUCUCAAUACACUUUAUAUAAUGUAGAAAAUCAUUAGUGAUUGAAAAAUGAAAGGACAAUAGCUGUUGUGAGUAAGCCACAAAUUAGAUUUUAGUUCAUUCGAAUUACAGGGAGUUAUAGAUGAUCUCGCAUUAAAAUGCUAAUGAUUAUCAAUAGCCAGUCAGGUAAAGAACAAUAGAUCUUUAUUGUGAACACUAUUGCCUGUUUAGGCUGUAAAUUGUUUCAGAUGAAUGUGGGGGGGAAUAUAUUUAGUAUAGGCAGAAGUCUAUUUUAAAACUGAUUGAUAAACUGUAUUAUUGUGGAAGUGCAUUUAGCAAAUUAUCCAAAUAGACAAAUACUGGAGUUAAAUAUUUACACUAAUUAUUAUUUUAUAUUUGUUGACUUUU